GUACCGGCAAUUAUUUGUAGGCUUUGCUGAUUUUUUACGCUAUUGUAAAAAAAAAAUUAUAAUUGCCAAUUAGUUUCAGUAAAAUUUUACCUAGCAUCAUGGCUUCAGGUUUAUACACUAUAUUGAUUUUUUUUUCAAAUUCAGUCGUUAAUUAUUCAUAAAAACUUUUCAAUACUAUGCACAUCAAUAAAUGAAAUAUGCCAACAUGAAAUAUUUAAAAUUGCAAGAAUAUGGAUUGAUUUUUAAUGUGGAUGGGUUUACUGAUAUUGCCUAUCUCCUUCACUGUAGAUGACCUAUGCAUCAUGGUGGUACUACUUCUCCAAGUUCACAGAGUUCUUUGACACUUUUUUCUUUGUCCUGCAUAAGAAAUUUGAGCAUGUAUCAACACUUCAUGUUAUUCAUCAUGGCUGUAUGCCCAUGAGUGUGUGGUUUGGUGUAAAAUUUACCCCAGGUGGUCAUAGUACUUUCUUUGGAUUUAUCAAUAGUUUCGUGCAUAUAGUCAUGUACGUAUACUAUAUGCUGGCUGCCCUGGGUCCACGUUACCGCCGCUACAUUUGGUGGAAGAAAUACCUUACUAACUUCCAGAUGAUCCAGUUCAUCAUGAUCUUCGGUCAUGCUUUCCAGCUUUGCUUCACUGAGUGCAACUACCCUCGAGCAUUUAUGUGGUGGAUUGGUGGUCAUGCUGUCAUGUUCUUCUUCCUGUUCUCUGACUUCUAUAUUAAAGCCUACCUAAAGGGAGCUGCCAAAGUCAAGGCAUUUGCAAAUGGAACUUCAAUAUAUGUAAGGUCAAAUGGUCAUGCCAAUGGAAGCCUCGCGAAUGGUAUCACUAAACUUGUCAAUGGGGUCUCAAAUGGCUAUGCAAAUGGAAAGGCAAAUGGUCAUGCAAAUGGAAAGACAAAUGGUUUUGCUAAUGGUCAUGCAAAUGGUGUAGCCAAUGGCUAUGCUAAUGGUCAUGCUAAUCAUGCCAAUGGAAGUAUCCACAACAGUGAAGUUCAUUCAGAAGAAACUAAUGGUCACAUCCCCAAAACUCCUGAUUCUCCCUCAAUGAGUACCAGAGUUCGAAAACUAAUGUGUAUGAAUGUAGACUCUGUGGUGGACUGAGCCAACUUGCCUCUACUACCUCACGCCUCAAGCCAGUCCUCACCAGCAUCCCCGCCUCUCACCCGUGUAACAGAGAGCUCUCACUCCCCAGCGUGCGUCAGUUAAAGAGCACUGUUGAUGUGACAGAUUAGUGCCUGUCACUGAGGUGUCUCCCAUAGCAGUGUGCAUGUCAAAUAGUACAGCAUAAUCAAUAAUCCAGAUACUCUGUAAUGUGCAUCUCAUGCCAUGAGCUGUUGGAUCUAAGUUUUCAGGUCAUAUUUUAGUUUUUUAGGAUGCUCAUAGCAAUAACAUCCUUACUUGACAGUACCCAAGUCUUGCAAGUUCAUUCUUUAGAUCAAACUGUAAUAUGUUUUUUUUUU